AUUCGGAGCAGGAUGUAGCACUGAAACUUGCCCAGGAACGAGCUGAAAUAGUUGCUAAAUAUGACCGAGGACGAGAAGGUGCAGAUAUUGAACCUUGGGAAGAUGCUGAUUACCUUGUUUACAAAGUCACGGAUAGAUUUGGCUUUUUACAUGAGGAGGAGCUCCCAUUUCAUAAUGCAGCUGUGGAACGGCAAAAGAACCUGGAAAUUGAAAGAACUACCAAAUGGCUGAAAAUGCUAAAAGGAUGGGAAAAAUACAAGAACACUGAAAAGUUUCAUAGGAGAAUUUACAAAGGAAUCCCACUCCAGCUCCGAGGUGAAGUCUGGGCUCUACUUCUGGAGAUCCCUAAAAUGAAAGAAGAAACAAAAGACCUUUAUAGUAAAUUAAAACACAGAGCACGGGGUUGUUCACCUGAUAUCAGACAAAUAGACCUUGAUGUCAACCGUACAUUCAGGGACCAUAUUAUGUUUAGAGACAGAUAUGGGGUUAAGCAACAAUCCUUAUUUCAUGUUCUUGCUGCAUAUUCUAUCUAUAAUACGGAAGUUGGGUACUGUCAGGGGAUGAGCCAGAUCACAGCUCUACUCCUCAUGUAUAUGAACGAGGAAGAUGCCUUCUGGGCCCUGGUCAAACUCUUCUCAGGCCCCAAACAUGCUAUGCAUGGCUUUUUUGUCCAAGGUUUCCCUAAACUCUUGAGGUUUCAAGAACAUCAUGAAAAAAUACUGAAUAAAUUUCUGUCCAAGCUUAAGCAACAUUUGGAUACUCAAGAAAUCUACACGAGUUUUUACACAAUGAAAUGGUUUUUUCAAUGUUUCCUUGAUCGUACUCCCUUUACUCUAAACCUCAGAAUAUGGGAUAUCUACAUCUUUGAAGGAGAACGAGUUCUUACUGCCAUGUCUUACACAAUCUUAAAAUUACACAAAAAACAUCUAAUGAAAUUAUCUAUGGAAGAACUUGUAGAAUUUCUUCAGGAGACUCUAGCAAAGGAUUUUUUCUUUGAAGAUGAUUUUGUAAUAGACCAACUUCAGAUUUCUAUGGCAGAACUAAAGCGGGCGAAAUUAGAUCUCCCAGAACCUGGUAAAGAGGAUGAAUAUCCAAAGAAACCUUUGGGGCAGCUUCCACCUGAAUGUCAUUCUACUGGCAUUAAUCACCUGAGCAAUGGACAAAGAAGUGUUGGCAGGCCCAGUCCCCAUAUAAGCAGCAGAAGAGAAAGUGGAUCAUCGCCUUCCAAAAAGCAUGAGCACUCACCCCACCAUCAGAGUAGAACUGGUACUCCAGAAAGAGUCAGGCAGCUCCGGCAGAAGUCCGUGGAUGAGGAUAGUAAAAAUCUUAAUGAGGCAGCUUUUCAAAGAAAACUUGCAUCAGGUCCACAAGACAAUUCCGAGCAGUAUAACCAUGCAGCUGCUAACCAAAAUAGYAAUGCUACUUCAAAUAUCAGAAAGGAAUUUAUGCCCAAAUGGAAUAAACCCUCAGAUACUUCAGCUAUUGAAAGGACUGCCAAAUAUGCCAUUGAAGGUAGAUCGGUGCACCCUACACUUGGAGUCACCAUCCCAAAUUCUACUGAUCCUCGGAUAUCAAACACAAGGCAAAAGAUGAAGGUUUUGGAUGCUGAUGAUGGGAAGCGAGGCUCCAAUGCAUCCCAGUAUGAUAACGUACCUGGGGGUGAGAAUGAAAAUGGAACUUCUGCUGAAGAAGCACUAGAAAGGGCUUACUCUCACAGUCCAAGGAACAUUGUUUACUCUAACAGUCCACGAAAGCAUGUUGAGCCAGGUUCUAGUCCAUCAAAAGUAUCCAACAAGUUUACUUUUAAAGUACAGCCUCCAGGCUAUACAAGACAUCAAUCCCAGUUAGAAGGGGAAGAUCGAGGGACUGUGCACCCACCUUCCUAUAGCAACCCCCCUGUUUACCACGGAAAUUCUCCAAGACACAUCCCCACUGCUAACAGCAGCUUUGUACCUCCACAGAUCAGCCCUGGGACUCAAAUUCAUCCUUCCCGAAGACCUUUMGGUUCUACUCUGUCAGUUGAUAUUUCUCCAGAGAAAUCUUACAGCCGCCCAACACCUCUUGUACUACCAUCCAGUCGAAUAGAAGUCCUUCCUGUUGAUAUUGGUGCUGGGGGAUACUCAGGCAAUUCAGGGUCACCAAAGAAUGGAAAAUUCAUUAUUCCUCCAGUGGAUUAUUUGCCAGAUAACAGAAAAUGGUCAGAAAUUAGUUAUACAUACAGACCUGAGAUGCACGGACAAUCAUGGACCCGAGAUGCUAACCGUAGCCACUUAAGCAAUUUACCAAAAUAUUCAGCCUUUCAACAUGUACCCUUUCAAGACCAUAAUCUCCCAGCAGUUUCAGUAGAUAGUCCAGUGCGGUAUAAAACUUCACCAGCUGUAGAAGAUGCCAGUUCAGCUGGGUAUCAGUAUGCAGGGCCUUCACCUCCAGCAUAUCACUACAGAAAGCGGGAGGGGCUUUCUGUUCAAGAAUCAGUAUUGCUGUGAGAAUAUAUGUAUACUUGGAAAAAGACAAGAGAAUAGAAACCAUACGAAACCUGCAUUGCUAUGUUUGUAAUUGCCAAAGCAGUAUUUUAUACUCUUGGAAACAACUCGCAGAAUUCUGAUGUAUAUUAGUAAUAAGAAUAUGUAGAAGUUUUCAUCCUCCAUGUAGAUGCUGCUUAAGAUGAGCAUUUUAAAUUGCAUCAUCACUGAACCUGUUAAAGAAUUUAACCUGGAAACAUAGCRAUAGCAUUUAGGGGUACACGCACAAUAAUGAUCCUUUACUCACUUUCAUUUAUAUCUUUCUCCAAAAACUGAACAUUUUUAUUCUUUUGGCCCAUUCUGUUUUAGCUAAUGUAAGCAAACCACUGAGAAACCCUAGAACAGAUGUUUUUUUAAGGCUAAAUAUGUCUUUUAAUAGGUAUUAUAGACACCUAUACAUACAUAUUUGAAUACAGACCUGAAGAAAAAAAAACUUUUUUAAAAAUGAAUUUUAAUCUAGAUCCAUAGUAUAAUAUGAUUUUUUUUUCUUGUCUUUUAGUCUAGUUCUACCACCCUCCCCCCAUGUUUUUAACCUGGGACCUAAACUGACAAAAUUAGAGUUUUCUCUGACUUUGUUAAKAUAGUAUCUCACAGAAUGCUCAUUGUUAUCCUUCAAUGGCUGCCAUUUUCUUUCAAUCUGAAAAUUAAAGACAUGGGAGAGAAAGGCUGACCACUUACUGGUGCUUAAAAAUUGGAGCAGGUAGGUAAGUUUAUGGCCAAAGGCACAGUGCUCCUUGUAUCCAUUUCCCCCAGAUCAUUCUUAAGUGCUUUUUUGCACCUGGCUCUGCUCUUUCUUUUGCAACACUCAGAGCAUACUGUUCCUUGCCAGAUACCAGGAAUGCUAUAGGAGAAGUUGCAACUUAGUGACCAUGCAGCACUGGAGGAGCAAGGUGAAAGGCCUUUGAAGUUCWUUUGAAAGAAGUAAUAAUGGUCUGGUUACUUCUCAAUUCUGACUCUUAAAUUCUUGCAGGGCCUCACCUUGAAGGGCCCAAGGCAGUUGUUUACAUGAUCAUUUUCUGACAUUUUCUUUAAAGAAUGUAAUCAAUGGAUAUUGCUGCAGUUAUCAGGCCAUUAUGUUAUUCAUAUUAAAAUUGUAAAAAAGAUGAUUCUAACUAUUAAUAGGCAUCUCAGAUCUUGAUCUUUUUAAAAAAUAUAGUGUGACUUUCAAACUUUCAAAACUAUUUUUUCUUUUUCUGUGAAAAAAAUUCAGGUUCAUGGUUUAAAACAAUCAGUGAUAUCUUUAAAAAUAUUCUAUUACACUACAAUUACCGAAAACUGACAAAAUUUUGGGCACUCCAAGAAAAUAGAACUUUGUUUUUAAUUGGAGUACUUGUUUUCAACAUUAUUGUGCUCAUAUUAGAAAACAAAAAGUUAGAAAGUCUAACAUAGAUGGCUCUUCCUGUUGCAGGUUGGGGCUUUAAGCUUUUGAGGUACAAAAGUGUGUCUUAAAAUGCAAAUAACAUUUGUUUAGCUAGUGAAUGUGACAAUAUUUUUAUGUAUAUAAUGAGUCUAAUGUAAUUUUAAUCAACUUGGUAAUGAUGUUUUUAAAUGGCAAAACAAAUGCAGUGUAUUAAAGCUGAACACUACACUGAAGCUCAAACUCCUGAUAAAAUAACAGGUUCUUGAUUUAGAUCAUGUGGAAGCUGAGAAAUAAAUGUGUAUAAAAAUG